ACAAAAAGUGUGUGUCUGCGUGCCAGUCAGUCACUGCAUCGGGCCCAUCUGUACAACUCUCUCUUCUCUCUCCUCUCCCUACUCUCCCUGGUUCCUCCGCGUCUCUCCACCUCUCCUCCCUUUAGGCAGACCCUACUUGACAGCAACACCAGCACCUCCCGACAUGGAAAUACACUGAUACGCUAGGCAAAAGCAACACUCGUCCGCAACUCCCGGUUCCAGGUGGCCUCAUUGGGGCGAUUUGAUCCUGACCUUAUUCCUGUGGUGAUGGAGGAUUCGGGCAUCCAGCGAGGCAUCUGGGAGGGAGAUGCCAAGGCUGUCCAGCAGUGUCUGACAGAUAUUUUUACCAGCGUUUACACCACCUGCGACAUCCCUGAGAAUGCUAUAUUCGGUCCCUGCGUCCUGAGCCACACUUCCUUGUACGACAGCAUAGCUUUCAUAGCUCUCAAGUCCACAGACAAGAGAACGGUCCCUUACAUCUUCCGGGUAGACACCUCAGCGGCGAAUGGUUCCUCGGAAGGUCUCAUGUGGCUGCGUCUGGUGCAAUCAGCCAGAGAUAAAGAAGAGCAGAACCUUGAAGCCUAUAUAAAAAACGGACAGCUGUUUUACCGCUCUCUCCGCAGGAUUGCCAAAGAUGAGGAGUUACUAGUUUGGUACGGGAAAGAACUGACCGAGUUACUCUUGCUCUGCCCCUCUAGAUCCCACAGCAAAAUGAAUGGGUCGUCCCCUUACACGUGCCUGGAGUGCAGCCAACGUUUCCAGUUUGAGUUCCCCUAUGUAGCGCAUCUGCGCUUCCGCUGCCCCAAGAGACUUCACGGCGCUGAUCUGAGCCCCAGAGAGGAGCAAGGCGGCGGCGUGGGCACCAAGGAUCACGGGGGCGGCGGCGGUGGCAAGGACCAGCAGCAGUCGCAGGAGGCACCCUUGGGUCCCGGCCCCAAGUUCUGCAAAGCCGGCCCGGUCCACCACUACCCAGCGCCCUCCCCCGAGAGCGGUAAUCCGCCGACGGCUGGUGGCGGCAGCGGCGCGAAGCCGUCCACGGACUUUCACAACCUGGCGCGGGAGCUGGAGAACUCCGGGGGCGCCAGCAGCUGCUCCCCGGUGCGGAGCCUCGGCGGCGGCAGCAGCCACCAGGAGGCGGAGCUGAGUCCCGACGGCAACGCCGCAGGCGUGGGCAAAGGGAAGAGGAAGUUCCCGGAGGAGGCGGCCGAGGGCGGCGGUGCGGGGCUGGUGGGGGGCCGGGGCCGUUUCGCCGAGCGGGCCCUGCCCGCCUCCAAGGAGGACCUGGUGUGCACGCCGCAGCAGUACCGCAACUCGGGCAGCUACUUCAGCCUGGAGGAGAACGGCCGCCUCUUCGCGCCGCCCAGCCCCGAGACGGGAGAGGCGAAGCGCAGCGCCUUCGUGGAGGUGAAGAAGGCGCCCCGGGCGGCCGGGGGGCCGGAGGAGGCGGCCGCCGACGGCGGGGGCGCGACGGGCGGCGGCCAGGGCGCAGCGGCGGACGAGCGCAAGAGCGCCUUCUCGCAGCCGGCGCGCUCCUUCUCGCAGCUGUCCCCGCUGGUGCUGGGCCAGAAGCUGGGCGCUCUCGAGCCGUGCCACCCCGGCGAUGGGGUGGGCCCCACCAGACUGUACCCCGCCGCCUCCGACCCGCUGGCCGUGAAGCUCCAGGGAGCGGCGGAGCUGAACGGAGGUUGCGGGGCCCUGCCGAACGGCGGCGGCGCGGGCGGGCUGCCCAAGCAGAGCCCGUUCCUCUAUGCCACCGCCUUCUGGCCCAAGAGCUCCGCCGCCGCGGCGGCCGCAGCAGCGGCGGCCGCGGGGCCCCUGCAGUUGCAGCUGCCGUCGGCGCUCACGCUGCUGCCGCCCUCGUUCACCUCGCUGUGUCUGCCGGCGCAGAACUGGUGCGCCAAGUGCAAUGCCUCCUUCCGCAUGACCUCCGACCUAGUGUACCACAUGAGGUCGCAUCACAAAAAGGAGUACGCCAUGGAGCCCUUGGUGAAGCGGCGGCGGGAGGAGAAACUCAAGUGCCCCAUUUGCAACGAGUCCUUCAGGGAGCGCCACCACCUCUCCAGGCACAUGACCUCGCAUAAUUGACACAGAAAGGACCCCCGCCUUCUGCGCGCGCGCACGCACAGUCGAACCACCUGCAGGAACAAACACGCGAGGACAUCCACCACCUCCUUGUGACCGGAAACAUCACACCCAGAGACACUCGCACACACACAGGCACACACACGUGGUCCCCCCCAACCUUUACAUCCAGAUGUUUACCUGUGACCUACACCACACACACACACACACACACACACACACACGAGACAGGAUGGUGGAUUUUUGAUCGGGUGGGUUGUUUGAAGGGUUUUCUUUUGAAUGCACGCAUUUUCACUUUCCCAAAAACAAAGGUACAUUUUUUAAAAUGUCAUAUAUUGCAACAUAUUGAUGCAUUUGUCAUACGUUUCUACUUAAAUUAUUAAGCACAUACGGUUUAGAUGUAAUAAUUAUAUGUAAGGGCAAAAUUUAUUUUAGAUAUAAAGUAAAGGAGGAGGGUGAGAUGCUUCCUGCAUUUCUUGAUUACAGUUUGUGUUCUUACAAAAAUAAGCAAAACAAAUAAAAAGGAGGUAACCAUUCAGUUUAAGUUUCCAGGGGGAAGUGCAUGUAUCAUGAAAUGAUUAUGGACUUCAAUGAAGAAUGUCAUCAUUAUGUAAAUAUGUAUUUCCUUUUAAUACAAAGUGUAAUUUUGUGCCAGUGAAAUGGAGUCUGAAUAGUUAAGUGUUUCUUUUAUCCCUGGAAAGAUUUAUUAAACUUUAUAGAUUAUCUGGGUAUGUUGGAUGCUUUGACAAUAAAUGACUAUUUUCCUCAAAGCAA